UCAAGGUCGCGAACAACCCGAACUCCCAUGAGUCGCUUCCACAUGCUCCUGCCAAUGCGAAUCUGUCUUCCUUCUGAUCGAAGUCGAAUCAUCUUCAAGAGUGUUUCUUCCCUUUCGUCCUCUUAACUGUCUCUGUGGUUUUCUUGAACAUUCCCCUGUACAGCCGCAGCCUUUCAACAUGACUCUGGACAAGGUGCCGGACGCAUCGCUGACUGCCCGAGAGCUGGCUUCUUUCGAUGGCGUCGAAGACGAUGGCUGUUACAACGAUGUUGGUAUCCUCGACAAAGGGUACACCACCAAGGAUCAAAGGGAUAUGCAACGUUUGGGAAAACGUCAAGAAUUGAUUCGCAAUUUUCGACCUCUUUCUGCUUUGGCAUUCACUGCCCUGUUGCAAGCAACCUGGGAAUUCCUGUUGAUCGCGAACACUCAAGUUUUGGUCGAUGGCGGCAUUGCCGGAUUUUUCUGGACCUACGUUUGGACCUUCAUUGGUUUCGGUAUCGUCAUGACAUCUCUGGCUGAGAUGGCAUCCAUGGCUCCGACUAGCGGUGGUCAGUACCACUGGGUAUCUGAAUUCGCUCCACCAAAGUAUCAGAAAUCUCUGAGCUAUUUAACCGGUUGGUUUAGCGUGCUAAGUUGGCAAAGCGGGACGGCGUCGGGCUCUUUCUUAACGGGAACCAUUAUCCAGGCUCUGAUUCAGAUCAAUAAUGCGGAUUAUGAGCCUACGGCAUGGCAGGGAACGUUGUUGGUAUUUGCCAUGGUUCUUGUGCUCUUUGUUGCCAACACUUGGGGGGCACGCGAUCUUCCUCUGAUCCAAAACGUGCUCCUUAUAGUACAUGUCUUCGGAUUCUUCGCGGUUAUUAUUGUCCUUUGGGUCAUGGCACCUCGAAACUCUGCAAAGGUCGCUUUUACUCAAUUUACCAACGAGGGAGGGUGGUCAAGUAUGGGCCUCGCUCUCAUGAUUGGGCAGAUUUCGGCCAUCUAUGGAUCUCUCUGCUCCGAUUGCACCGCGCACAUGGCGGAGGAAGUCAAGGAUGCUGGUCGCAACGUCCCCAACGCCAUGUUCUGGGCUUAUGUGUCGAACGGAAUCCUCGGCUUGGUACUCAUCGUCACUUACAACUUCGCUUUGACCGACGUGGACGCCGCUCUCAAUGACCCGACCGAAUAUCCCUUUAUCUGGGUCUUCCGCCAGGCAGUGUCCACCGGUGGCGUCAACGCUCUGACCAUCCUCAUCCUCAUCUUGGUCAUCGCAUCUAACAUCUCUUUCAAUGCAUCGACCUCGCGUCAAACCUUCGCUUUCGCCCGAGACAAGGGUCUUCCAUUCUCCAGCUGGAUCAGCGCUGUUCACCCCAGACUCCACAUUCCUGCCAAUGCCGUCACGUUGACCUGCAUUAUCAGCUGUCUGCUCGCGAUUAUCAACAUUGGCUCGUCGGCUGCCUUCAAUGCUAUUAUCUCGGUCCAGGUCUGCGCGCUUAUGUUCUCUUACACCAUUUCCAUCUCCUGCGUGCUGUAUCGCCGCAUCUACCACCCUGAGUUGCUGCCCAAGGCACGCUGGAGUCUCGGCAAGUGGGGAGUGCCGAUCAACGCCUUCAGCAUCGUCUACUCUCUGUUCGCGUUCUUCUGGAGUUUCUGGCCCAACGGCACCCCCGUGGACGCAGAAUCCUUCAACUGGUCUAUUGUACUGUUUUUCGGUGUUAUGAUCAUCUCUGGGGUCUUCUACGUGAUUCAAGGGAGGAAAGUCUACACCGGUCCGGUGGUGACUGUGGAGGGCAGGAAUUAAUCGAGCAUGCCUACUGCACACCUCGGGGACAUCAGGCUGGGUGUUUGAAAACGCUUUUCUGUUUUCAACCUUUUCGACGGAGAAAUGCCUCCCAUAAAGGAAGGCGGAUAUGCUGUUUUUGUCCAAAUCAGUCACGGCGUUUUAACCGGGACAGGCUUCUGGUGAUGC